GCACGAUGCCUCGUCCUGAGCACUUGGCGGUGCUCCUCUUGUCGGUGCUCGCGAGCGUCGCGGCCCAGCUCGAUCUGCCGCCCCUCUACGAGACCGAGGAACGAGGACCGCGGCCGCGAGUCGAGCUGAGCAGCAGGGAACAGGAAAACCAGGACGUGCGGAAACCACCCCAUUUCAGCAACGUCGACGUGCCCGCGCUGCUGCAGGAAAUCGACGAACUUGGCACGCAGCAGUGCACCAGCAACGUCCUCGCCCAGUGGAAUUACGAGACCAAUGUCAACGAGGUCUCUCAAUUGUCCGCUUUGCAAGAGCAGUUGGAGUACGCGCGAUUCCAACACGCGGUGUGGGAGGUGAUCAAUAAGAUCCCUCUCGAGCACGUCAAAGACAGGAAAUUCAGACGCGAACUGCAGCACUUGGCGACAGUCGGACCCGCCGCUCUUCCCCCAGAGCUUCUUGACAGGUACCACCACCUGAUCAACGACAUGCUCGCCGUCUACAACACGGCCACCAUCUGUGCCCACCACGACCCCUUCAAGUGCGGUUUACGCCUAGAGCCAGAGUUGACUCUAAUUAUGGCGCGGAGCAGAGACUGGGACGAGUUACAGUACGUGUGGUUCGAGUGGCGCAGACGGACCGGACAGAAAAUUAGAGAUCUCUUCGAACAAAUGGCCCACGUCAGCAACCAGGCGGCGCACUACAACAAUUUCACGGACACCGGGGAGUACUGGAUAUUCCCUUACGAAUCGCCGACUUUCCGGUUCGACGUCGAGGACGCCUGGGACGCAAUCAAGCCCCUGUACGUGCAGCUGCACACGUAUGUGCGGCGAAAACUGCGCGAUCACUAUGGACCAGAGAAAAUUCACCGCAGGGCUCCCAUCCCAGCUCAUAUUUUAGGAAACAUGUGGGGCCAAUCUUGGGGAAAUAUUUUGGACGUCACUAUUCCGUAUCCAGGCAAACAUUUCAUCGACGUAACUCCAGAGAUGCAGGCGCAGGGCUACACGCCAAUAACCAUGUUCAAGAUAGCAGAGCAGUUCUAUCUAUCCCUGAACAUGACUCCUAUGCCGCCCGAGUUUUGGGAAAAGUCGAUUUUUGAGGAGCUGCCCGAUCGGCAUGUCAUUUGCCAGCCCAGCGCCUGGGACUUUUGCAACGGAAAGGAUUUUAGGAUAAAAAUGUGCGCUCACGUGAACAUGAAAGACCUGAUAACAGCCCACCACGAAAUGGCCCAUAUCCAAUAUUUCAUGCACUACGCCCACUUGCCAAAAGUUUUCAGGGACGGUGCAAAUCCAGGUUUUCAUGAGGCUGUCGGCGAUGCGAUCGGACUUUCUAUUUCGACGCCAGAGCAUUUGCAGUCGCUGGGCCUGCUCACCCGUUCCGUGGACCAUCUGGCGCACGACAUCAAUUUCUUAUUCUCGCAAGCGCUGGAUAAACUGCCAUUCAUGGCGUUUGCCCUGACCAUGGACACCUGGAGGUGGGACGUUUUCGGCCAGGGAGCCAUCGGAAAAGAUAGAUACAAUUGCCAUUGGUGGCGGCUAAGUGAGAAAUAUACAGGAAUAAAACCACCGCUACUCCGCUCCGAAAUCGACUUUGAUCCUGGCUCAAAAUACCAUGUUCCUGCUAACAUUCCAUACAUCAGGUACUUUGUUGGAAGCGUGCUGCAGUACCAGAUUCACAGGGCUCUUUGCAUAAAGGCGGGCCGGUAUGACCCGAACGACCCUCACCAUAAGCCAUUGCAUAAAUGCGACAUUAGCAGAAGUCACGCUGCGGGGGAACUGCUCAAAAAAAUGAUGUCCAUGGGCUCGAGUCGUCCGUGGCAAGACGCACUCUACGAAAUAACGGGCGAGCGGAAAUUGAACCCUUCAGCGUUGCUCGAGUACUUCCACCCAUUGCAAGAGUGGCUGCGAAAAGAAAAUUUGCGAACGCAGGAAUUUAUUGGAUGGCUUUACGACGGUGACUACUGCAAACAUAGCAUUGAGACUGCUGGACUGCAAGUGUACGGCGGGUUCUACAACGCGGCCAAAUCUCUUCAGCCUUCGUUACUUUCCUUACUGUUAGCGACACUGACGUGCUAUAUUUAUUUAUUAAUUUAAUGUUAAUAUUGUAUAUUAUCUGAAUAAAUUUUGUUCUUUUUACGUUAGAACUGCUAUUAACUUGCAAUUUAUCCAAACACGGAAGUCAUAUGAUGAGAAAAGUGUCCCCUCU